GAGCCCAAACCACACAAUAAAAUCAUCCCAAAAAAAGGCAAAUUGCUCUUUGAAGUCUUUUAAUUUCACUUGUAUCGUCAUGGCUUUUAGUGCAACAAAUUUGAGCUUGGCAUUGAGCCUUAUGGCUCUAAUUGUUCUUGCAAAAGCAGAUUUUAAUGAGAAAGUAGAGCCAAUUAACAAUAUUUUGGAGCAAAAUUCAGAAAUGUUAACUCAAGAAUUUUGCAUUUUAGGGGCUGUUGGUUCAGUUGUGGCAGAAGCCAUUAGUAAAGAAAGACGAAUGGGAGCUUCUCUCAUUCGUCUUUUCUUCCAUGAUUGCUUUGUCGAUGGAUGUGAUGCGGGUAUUCUUCUAAAUGAUAUUCCUGGAAGAUUCCAAGGAGAAAAAACUUCACCACCAAAUAAUAAUUCAGUUAGAGGCUAUGAAGUAAUUGAUCAAGCUAAACAAAGGAUUAAAACUAUGUGCCCUGGGGCAGCUGUUUCUUGUGCAGAUAUCUUAGCACUUGCUGCUCGUGACUCUGUUGCUAUGUUGGGAGGAAUGACAUACCCAGUGAGACUAGGCCGAAGAGACGCAAGAACUGCAAAUUUCACAGGUGCAUUAACCCAACUUCCUGCCUCAUUCGACAAUCUCAGCGUCCAAUUAACAAAAUUCAGCGCAAAGGGAAUGUCAGCUCGGGAAAUGGUCGCGUUAGUCGGGGCCCACACGGUAGGAUUCGCGCGUUGCUUGACAAUGUGCGACGACAGGAACAUUAACCCAGCCAGGAAAUCAACACUAAAUUGUGGUUGCCCUGUUAGUAACAAUAACACGAACUUAGUACCAUUGGAUUUGACAACUCCUGAUUUUUUCGACAAGUUUUAUUAUGAGGAUUUAAUCAGGAAUCGGGCACUUCUUUUCUCAGACCAAGUGUUGAUGGGAUCUAAUGCUACUGCUGACGUUGUUCGAGCCUAUAAUAAUAAUCCUGCUCUAUUCUUGCGGGAAUUCAAUGCUGCCAUGACUAAAUUGGGAGAUUUGCCCCCAUCUCGUGGCGUUCAGUUGGAAAUUCGCGAUGUUUGUAGCAGGGUGAAUGGUAAUUCCAUCGCGGAAAUGUGAAAAAGGAAAAAAAAAAUCUAUAAAAUUUCCAACUUUGUUGUUCCAGAAUAAACAAACGUAUGGCUUCUUGAUAGUCUAGUUUGUUGUUUUAUGUAAGUUGCUUGGCCCUCUAAUAUGUACCCUUUGUUUUUGGUUACACAUGUAGAAUUUUGAGUUAAAAUUGUCCCUUAUCUAUGGGAGUAGAUUCAUUUUGGUUCCUCAAAUA